UUUCCAAAUUUUGAGCCGAAACCCUAAAUCAAAUAUCCGCCGACUGGUACAAGCCAACUUUAAACACCGUUCUUCUCCACCUCUCUCUCUCUCUCUCUCUCUCUCUCUCUCUCUCUCUCUCUAUAGAAAGAUGACCGGGCUGACCUGCAACGCGUGCAACAAAGAAUUCGAAGAUGAAAACGAUCAGAAGCUUCAUUACAAGUCUGAAUGGCACCGUUACAAUCUCAAACGCAAGAUUGCAGGGGUUCCGGGAGUAACAGAAGCUCUUUUCUUAGCCAGACAAUCUACAAUCGCUGAAGAGAAGAGUAAACUGAAUGGCCCACCUAUGCUGUACACUUGUCGCCUAUGUGGCAAAGGGUACAGAAGUGCCAAAGCACACGCUCAACAUUUAAAAUCUCGAACUCACACGAUGCGAGCUUCCCAGAUUGGUCAAGAAGAUGAAAACAGUGCAGUAAUAAAGCCACUUCCACCCCGCACCAUGAAGAAGUCCCCUCAAGGAAAGGAGGAAAUCGAUGAGGAAAGUGACGAAAGUGAUGAAUGGGUGGAGGUUACUGAGAACGAUGACGUGGUCGGUGACAUGGCGUCGUCGUCUACCCAUAUGGAAGUGAAUGAAUCUCUUGCUGAUGCUGAUGAUGAUACCGAUGAGGAUAUGGAUGAGGAUGAAGAUGAGCUGGAUCCAACAUCGUGCUUUAUGUGUGAUAAAGAGCAUAAAACUAUUGAAAGCUGUAUGGUUCAUAUGCACAAGCAUCAUGGCUUCUUUAUACCCGACAUUGAGUAUCUGAAAGACCCCACUGGCUUUCUUACAUAUCUUGGACUUAAGGUUAAGCGUGAUUUUAUAUGCUUAUACUGCAACAGUAACUGCCAACCAUUCAAUAGUUUGGAAGCAGUUAGGAAGCACAUGGUCGCAAAAAGUCAUUGCAAAGUCCACUAUGGUGAUGAUGAUGAAGAAGAAGAAGCUGAACUAGAAGAGUUUUAUGAUUACAGUAGCAGUUAUGUGGAUGCAAAUGGGAACCAGCUAGUUUCAGCAGGCGGAUCAAGUGAGGGUAUAGAACUCGGAAGUGGUGGGUCUGAGCUCAUUAUAACUACAGUAACUGAUGAUACAAUAUCAACCAAAGCAAUUGGUUCUCGAGAAUAUUUACGUUAUUAUCGUCAAAAACCACGUCCAUCUUCAAAUGGAGUUCCCAUGACUGCUGUAUUGGCUGCCAGGUAUAGGAGCAUGGGAUUGUCAACAGUGCAGUCGAAAGAGAACAUGGUGAGGAUGAAGGUGAUGAAACAAAUGAAUAGAUCAGGGGUAGAUCAUAUGCGUUCUAAGAUGGGCAUGAAAAGCAACGUCAUCCGCAACCUUCCAAAGAACGUUACGCAUUAGUUUCCUAUAUCCAUCAUCUGCAGACUGUAGGUACUUACCAUACAUUGGUCUUUAUUGUGGAAUCACUCCAUCUGCUAUAAUACUACUGUAUACACAUUGGUCAACUGUUUUACCUUUUUUUUAAUGUUUUGCACCGUUCAGAAUGUUCUUUGAUUUGAUAUUUUCAUGUUUCAGAAGUAUGUUGGUUUUUUCG